CCACCAAGCGGCCGCGACUUUUCUUCACGCGUCCCACGACGUGGGCAUGCGGGCAUGUUUGAUUAAAUAUUACAAAAAAUGUUUAAAUAAUUGAUCAGUUUACCAUAAAUAUUCCCCACCCCCCUCCACACAAACCGCCAGGGGAAAACGUUUUACCAAAAAAAACAACAACAAAAAACGCUGUUCCUUCUUUAACCGCCAGUCCUUUCCCUCGCGCUUCUCUUUCAGCACUGGACAGCUCCGUCGCUCCUUCCAAUCCACCUCCGUCAGCCUCAAAGACAUGAUUGGCAGAAUAAAUGCCCAUACGCGAGUCAAGGACACUUUAGGAACCCUAUAAGAUAAUGAAGGAGACGGGAUUUAAGAGCAGUUGGUUCCAGCUGUCCCCCUGGUGUUGUUAGUGCUUGUUAUGGACAGAGGAGGGCGGAGUGUGCGCUACACAGGAGCGCGUGAGGAGCGGCUCCGUGUGUCUAAGCUACAGUAGGGCUCUCUUCUCACUUUCGACUCGAGCCUGUUUGUACACAUGCGUGUCACUGUAAAGGGAGAGGCGAGAAAACAACAAGGCAUUUGCUGUUCACGAAACGACCAAAUGUUUUCAUGAAACCUCAAGAUACGCCGAUACAGACACGAGCAAGCUAUUCAUAGCAUCUCACUUGAGCCAGGAGGAUGUGAGACUCGCCCGCCUUCGCCAGUUCAGCAUCUUAGCUCGAGACAGUAGCCUAACGAACUUUUCUACAGGUGAAUACAAAUAGAUUUCUCUGUUGAAGAUCGUAUUGACGUCCGUGCGGGCGGUUUUUCGCACUUGAUUGCUUGGAAUAAUAACGAACACUGGGCGCUCUCGGGCAACAGCGAAAUGGCUGUUUUUCUGAUUUCCUUACUCUUGCAACUGGGAUUUGCAGCGGGAUCAAAUUACGGGUAUGUGGAGUGGUCGGAGCAAGACAAAGACCUGGACGUCAAAGGACAACACACAGUUCCUAACACACACGUCAACAAGGAAUCACAACACAACCCGACGUAUUUCACAAAACCCUGGACCGAGCGUAACGUGGUAGCGCACAGGAUCGAAGAGGACUUGCCGAGGGUCGUAACGGCUUUUCUUCAUACGGGAGAUUCAGCCACGUUAAAACAUGUCAACUGCUCGCGGAGGUACGAGCUGAGCAGCCUUCGGGGGAGAUCCUACAUCGCCCCUCAUUAUCCUCUGCACAGCGUGCUUGAAACGGUGGCGCACGCGACCAACUUCUUAAACAUGAUCUUGCAAGCCAACAGUUCUAGGGAGCACACCCUCCGGCGAGACGUUAUGUGGUACCACGCGUUGGUUCGCAGCAUUCUAGAGGGAGACCCCAAAAUCCACCGGGCUGUGCUCACGUUCAACACCGAAUCGCCAACUCCUGGUCCUCACAUCUUCCUCCAGGCAACCAGGACGGACAGCGACAUAGUUCUCCAAGAUCUCUCGGACACGGCCCACCGUCGCCUGAAAAACAAGACGCCGGAAACGGAGUGGUUCAACGAGUUCAGGGACAAAAAACAAACCCACGUGCGAAGGAGAGUGCCGAGCCAGGACGUUAAAGCAACCGACGCCUCGGUUAGACGGGGGGACCGUUACGUUCUCGAUAAAACUCAGAUUAAGUGGUCCGCGCCCUACCUCGAGUGUGAAAAUGGAAAUUUCAUCCCGCAUUGGCUUCUCACUUUGUCGGCUGGAUUCUACAGUUUGAAGCCAAAUUUGGUCCCAGAGUUCAGGGGCGUGGUUCGGGUGGACGUGAACCUGCAGGACCUGGACAUUGACCAGUGCUCUGCCAACGGCUGGUUUGCAGGGACACACAGAUGCAAUUUAACCACUAUGGAGUGCCAGCCUGUUCUGGGCCACGGGUUCGUGUUGGACAAAUACAAGUGUCAAUGCAAGCAAGGAUUCUACCAUCCCAGCAGGGUGGCUGUCAACGGCUUCAAAAGGACGGAGAAGAACGGGGCUCGCCAUCGCGGGGGGGUGACGGAGGGGCCGGCCAAGUGCCUGCCCUGCCGGGAGGGGUGCGCCUACUGCCGCGACGACACGCCCUGCCACGCCCAGCCCGACGACUCGCUGCGAUUGGCCGUCAUCUCCUUCCAGGCCCUGUGCAUGCUGGGAGACCUGGUCAGCAUGCUGGUGGCCUACCACUUCCGCAGAAACAAGAGAAUCCGAGCGUCUGGAUUGAUUCUCAUGGAAGCCAUUUUGUUCGGAGCACUGCUGAUGUACUUCCCUGUGGUGAUCCUGUUCUUCGCCCCGAGCGUUUUCCGCUGCGUCCUCCUGCGGUGGGUCCGGCUGCUGGGCUUCGCCGUCGUCUACGGGACGGUCAUCCUCAAGCUGUACAGGGUUCUGAAGGUGUUCUUGUCGCGCACGGCCCAGCGGAUCCCCUACAUGACCAGCUGCCGGGUGCUUCGCCUGCUGGUGGUCAUCCUGCUGGUGGUGAGCUGGUUCCUGGUCGCCUGGACCCUGGCCGUCUGCCAGAACAUGGGCCGGGACCUGUCCCCGAUCACCGUGGGCGUGACCCAGGAGGGCCUGCAGUUCAGCCUCUGUCUGCUCGAUCGCUGGGACUACAUGAUGGCCGUCGCUGAGUUCCUCUUCCUGCUCUGGGGCGUGUAUCUCUGCUACGCUGUGAGGACCGUGCCGUCGGCGUUCCACGAGCCGCGCUACCUGGCCGUCGCCAUCUACAACGAGCUGGUCAUCUCCGCGGUAUUCCACAUCGUCAGGUUCACUCUGGCUCCUGCCCUGCACCCUGAUUGGAUGCUCAUGCUGAUCUUCGGCCACACCCACCUGACGGUCACCGUCACUCUGGGGCUCCUGCUCAUUCCCAAGUUCUUGUUCACGGCGACGCACACACGUGAUGACCUCGCCACGGAGGCCUACGAAGAGGAGCUGGACAUGGGCCGGUCCGGGUCCUACCUGAACAGCAGCAUAACGUCCGCCUGGAGCGAGCACAGUCUGGACCCCGAGGACAUCCGGGAGGAGCUGAAGAAGCUGUACUCCCAGCUGGAGAUCUACAAGCGGAAGAAGAUGCUGGCCAACAACCCCCACCUGCAGAAGAAGCGGAGCUCCAGGAAGGGCCUGGGGCGGUCGCUCAUGCGCCGGAUCACCGAGAUCCCCGAAACGAUGAGCCGCCAGUGCGGCCGGGACGACAAGGGGGACCACCACCCCCACCACCAGGGGGAGCACGGGGGCACCCGAAACAGCAUCUGCACCCUGCGCAGGAACCCCUUCGACCCGUCCCACGCCUCCAAGCACAAGGUCUUCUCCCUGCACAAGUCCCACAGCAGCUACGACCACCACGCGCUCGAGCAGGGCGAGGCCGAGGGCAAGAUGGCCGCCGAGGGCAAGAUGGCCGCCGAGGGCAAGAUGGCCGCCGCCGACGGGAGGGCGGAGGCUUCCGACGCCGCCGCCGCCGCGAACUCUCUGCCGGACGCCCCGGCGGGGCAGAGGAAGGGGGGCGGCGGGGGCGAGGAGAAGGCCUCGGAGGGCGGGUCGGCGGAGUCCGUGCCCCUGGUGUGCAAGUCGGCCAGCGCCCACAACCUGACCGCCGAGAAGAAGCCGGCGCUCCUGCGCACCUCGGUGCUGCAGAAGUCCCUCAGCGUCAUCGCCAGCGCCCGCGAGCGGACCCUGGGCCUCACGGGGCGCAUCCACGGGGGCGGGGACGACGGCAAGAGGGGCCACCACCACCCCCGGGGGGCGAGGGACGGCGGCGGCGGGGGCGGGAAGGGGCGCCCGGAGGCCGGCGGGAAGCCCGAGCAGGAGCGGGAGCCGGAGCGGGAGCCGGAGCCGGAGCAGCGCUACCCCAAAAUGAGCGUGAGCCAGUCGGUGGAGUACAGGCGCACGGCGGCGAAGGCGGGCAUCAUGAGGCAGCAGGUGAGCGGCAGCCAGCCGUCCAUCUGCUCCGAGCCGGGCCGCGCCAAGGACCUGCACGACCUGUCGGAGGUGUGCCCCUGGGAUGCCGAGGCCCCGCCCCCCACGCCGCCGCCGUCCGACGGGCGGGCGCAGAAGCACGUGUCCAUCGCCCCCGCCGAGACCACCGUGGUCCACGGGACCGCCCUCAGGGGACGGGGGGCGCCGCCCAAACAGAGGGGUCCCGACCGCCAGCGUCCGGCAGGGGAGCGGCUCGCCGUCUGCCACUGGGAGGAGGAAGAGGAGGAGGAGGAGGGGGAGGAGGAGGGGGCCGGGCCUCGGGCGGGCCGUAACCGCGGCGACAGGACGCCGCAGAGGCCCGAGAUGCGCCUUUGGGGCGCCGGGGGGGACCCCCCGUCGGCGGGGCGGGAGGCGGGGCUGUCCCCCGACCGGAGCAGGCGGAAGAAGAGCGUGACCCCCACCGAGGGGGGGGGCAAGGAGAAGGUCCUGCACUCGGACCACUCCCAGUCCACCGGCAGCCUGCUGCACCCCCCCGGCCUGCGCGCCGACGUCUGCCCCUGGGACUACGACACCCCGCCCUCCUCCCCCAGCACCCCCCGCGCCAGGGACUCCGCCCGCUCCAAGAAGAAGACCGCCAAGACCUCCUCGGAGAAGGAGAAGGAGAGGGGGAAGGACAAGGACGAGGGGAGGCGCAGGUCCAAGAGCAAGGAGAAGGGCUCCUCCAGCCGGUCCUCAGAGAAACGCCGCGUCAGCCAGUCCAAGAUGGCCGACGGCUGCCCCUGCGACGGAGUGGGCGGAGCCGAGCGGCGGAAGAGCUCCGGGGGGGAGCCGGGGGCGGGCCACGGCAGGCUGGCCGAAAUCUGCCCCAGGGGGGAUCUACAGGGCGUGGCCGAGGGCAAGAGCGCCUCGGCGGCCAAUCGCAGCUCGCCGGGGCUGAAGGCAGCGGCGGUGCCGGCCAACGCUAAAAUGGCGGACGUUUGUCCGUGGGACUUCGAUGACAAAAUGUUGGGGGAAAACGCAUGACACUUCAUCAGAUGAUUCGGUUUUGACCACAUACAUUUUUAUAUAAACAUGGUACAAAAUCCCUGAAAAAAUGUAAGGUAACUGAUAUUAAAACUUAAAUGUUACUUGUUGGAAAAGAAAAGAAGACACACGUUUUGCACAAGUUGCCUUUUUUCUUUAAUCUUUAAUCUUUCCCCUGCGAUCUGGAGAAAACCAAGAAGCUGAAUCAUCGUGAAAAUAAGCAUUCCAGAUUCCUACUAAGGAUUUAGCGAAAUUGAGAAGGUCGGUUGUUAUUUAAAAAAAACAAUUAUGCAACUCUUAGUCACUUUAUCUACAGCGAGGGGAUAUAUCAACAGAUUUGUCGAGUGCAGUGCACACACAUCUGGCACAUUUUUUUAAAAUCUAGUUUUGUUUUUAGACGCUACAUUGCCACACAUAGGAGUCAGUCACACACACAGGGCAGACAGUGUGCGGUUCUGUGUGCGGUGCUGGUGUGCGGUACUGUGUGUGGUGCCGGUGUGCGGUACUGUGUGCGGUUCUGUGUGCGGUACUGUGUGCGGUGCUGGUGUGCGGUACUGGUGUGUGGUACUGUGUGUGGUGCCGGUGUGCGGUACUGUGUGCGGUACUGUGUGCGGUUCUGUGCGGUGCCGGUGUGCGGUUCUGUGUGCGGUACUGUGUGCGGUUCUGUGUGCGGUACUGUGUGUGGUGCCGGUGUGCGGUACUGUGUGCGGUUCUGUGCGGUGCCGGUGUGCGGUUCUGUGUGCGGUACUGUGUGCGGUUCUGUGUGCAGUGCCGGUGUGCGGUUCUGUGUGCGGUGCUGGUGUGCGGUGCGGUGUGCGGUUCUGUGUGCGGUUCUGGUGUGCGGUUCUGUGUGCGGUGCUGGUGUGCGUGCCGGUGUGCGGUUCUGUGUGCGGUGCUGGUGUGCGGUACUGUGUGCGGUUCUGUGUGCGGUGCCGGUGUGCGGUGCCGGUCAUGCGCUAACCGGGUGGGGAAAUUAGCGGAUGCCUUAACGCGGCGGUCUCUAUGGAUACGAACACCACGCGGCGCAUCACGGAGGCCGAACGGGCGUCUCGCACGCCUCUGAAAAAAAGAGACGGCACACCGGCGAGCGAACGCGGCGUUUCCUGUUCCUGUUCCAGAGCAUGCGGGGAGGAGCAGGCGGAGUUCAGAAUUCCCAAAAAUAAAACAGCGACGACGACGACAGGAGAAAAAUAAAUAAAUAAAUAAAUGGAGGUGAAGAAAGCGGUUGGCUGCGCUGUGGCUCUCAGACGAUGAUAGCGAGGGUCGGCCGGAUCCCGUCGCUCCGGGAUUCCUCACCAUUCCUCUCACAUUCUGCACAUCUUUGCAUGUUUCUGGAGUUUAAAGAAUAAAAUCUU